GUUGCGUCGCAAGGAAAAUCCACGACCGGCGGCGGCGGCGGUGGUGUGUUCUCCGUCGGAACGGAACGGAUCGCACGGGACUCUCUGCAAUUUCUGCUGGAAGUAACGACUGCGUCUGGUGCUACGAUUCUUUGGAUGCUUCUGGCUCUGCGUGUCUGUUUCUCUAUUUCUGAUCUGGUCAAUCACUAUCAUUUUAUGUGAUUAGUUUUCGCUUGAAGUAGGAAUCAGAGGAUUUUGACGUGCUUGUGGGUGGAUUCUCCGUAGGGCAGUGAAAAGCUUAAAGUGGAUGGAGUUUUCUUUUGUUCGACGAUGAAUGGCAGUUGACGACGGCGACAUAGUGAAAAUCUGACGUAGGAGGAAAAAGUUAUAAUUUGGUUACAACCAUCCUACGUCGUCGAUUGAGUUCGCGAAUCAAGUCGAGCUCGACCCAGACACAGAGGGACCAGAGUUUGUAGGUAAAAUGUGCAGUUUGGCAGUGGCCAGCCGGGAUUUGUGUCAACAGCAAUCGUCGGAAGUGGUUGCUUCCAGUAGCAGCGACGACGACGAAGACGACAGGGUCUAGAGAGGACGGAGUGAAGGCACCUCCUUCUUAGUGCCCCUCGUCUGACCGAGUACUGCGUGGAGAAAAAGAGCAAAGACUUUUUCUAGCACUCAAUUUCACUAAUCAACAUCAGCCUCCCCUUUCUUGGCUUUGUUUGGAUAAGAGAAAGGGUGAAAAACUAACUGACUGACAAACAGACGGACAGCUUCAUCAGAGGAUUAUUUGCGUGGCUGCUAGUCGAAAGAACAGAUUUCAGAAAUAACCCCGUCCCUGGUGGUGGUGGUGGUAGAGCAGCGCACACAAUUGCACACACAAAUCGAGUAUUCGGGGAUCACGAUCGGAUCUUGCUCGCUCUCCCAGCAGCUCAACCGACUGGACCAUCGAUCGCAGUCGACAGACAGUGGACGGAGAGUUUUAGUUCUAGACUAAUUCGGGCCUGAUUCAGACCGGCUCACAGUGGAUUUUUGUGUGUGAGUUAGGUCAUGGUAGUGACGUGACCCUAGUUUGUCCGACAAUGAUCAGCUUUGAUUGUGCUCUGAAGUGAGUGAUCUGGAGUGAGAGUGGAGAAGCGUAGCAAAGGAUCGCGUAGGUUCUUGUGAGGCACACGUUUGUUUGUCCGGGAGUGGUUUGUGGUGUAAAGGUGAACGACGGCUGGAGUGAUUUUUAAUUUAAUUUAAAAGCAAAUCGAGUGUAUGCACAAAGUGUGCACCUUGGCAUCUACAGUUGCACGGUGGUUGAUGUGGCCUUGAAAAUCACAACCGAAAAGGGGGUGGAAGGCCUGCAAAGUGAAGCAAUCGGCGGUGGUGAUUGCACGCGAUAUUGCAGUUUGGUGGCGUCCUCGGAGUUCGUGUGUGCCAUCCAUCCUUGACCAUGGUGACGCUGACGACGACGACUACGACGACGAAAAGAAAGUGAGAAACGGCCAAGACUGUUUGUCUGCCUGUGGCGAGUGAGUUUUUUUUUGUGUCUAAUUGGAUUGGAAAACUCUACCGAAGUGAAAAGUGUGAUAAGAAGAAAAUUGCGAAGAAUCAUGUGGAAAAAGUGCACUUUUCAUCUGUAGCUUGAUGUGGCUGCUAGUGACGAAAAUUGGCCACACCUUCACAAUUCGCCUGAAUCAGGAUCAUCUCAUCUCGCCUCGGCAAGCUCGUGUCGCAGUUGUACUAGAUUUGCAAGCUCGCCAAGAAAAGUGGUAGCAAUUGGAAAAUACUAUAAUUGACAUUGUAAAUCUGUCACCGAAGAAAAGAGAAAGAAGCAAAAUUCAAAAAAAAAAAGAAACAUCAAAUCACACAUCGAAAUCAAGACACCCUUUUCUGGUUCCAUCAAUCCAAGUUCAAUUCGGAAGAAGAAAUUCAAAAUUGUGGCCUCGUAUGAAAUUCUAAAUUUAAAGUGUUGUUAGUGUUUGUUUAGUAUCGGUCCAUUGGUAAUUUUGCAAUUUGCAUCAAACGCAGCCCAGAUUUGUAGUGCUGCACCACGCUGAAGUUGAAAAAUCAUAAUCGUACAUUUAGUUGUUCACCCACACCGCAUUGAUCAUUGUGCUUGUUGAAUAAUUCGAUUGUGUCCAGUGAAGCAAUAAAUUUGUAGCCACCACCACCACGUUCAUAACACAUCACGCAAAGCAGCAAUUAUCCACUCGAAAACACACAGAACAGAGGAGAGAACAUGCCGAAAAAUUUGCGGCCCCCCACAUCGACCAAUGCCUACGGGAGGAUUGGUCUGGUACCCGAAUCGGACGAUUCCUUGCACAGCCAGGAGAUGGACCCUCAGGUGACGGAGGCAUCGCUCGAGAUAUGGCGCACACUACCGGCCGCGAUCCGGCAGGAUCCCAGCCUGGCCUCAUUCCGGCAGGAGCACGAGCGGUUACAUGGUCCCGAUGACGAUCCGCUGCCGAACGAGGACGGUUCGGUGGACGACGGUGAUGACAAUAGUAAGGAGUUUAUCACAAUCAAAGUCACAAACCCGAGUCAGAACGAGGAUGGGACGGACAGUGCCAGUGGUAAACUGACGACGACGGCAACGACGACAGCGACGGCCACCCCAGCAUCUCGUUCCGGCAGCAAAAAUCAGCAGAAUGGCGACAAGAACGGUCCCAACACCACCAUGGAUGCGGACGGGGACGAGCACGAGGUCACGAUGCCCGGUAUGCACGGCCAUGCACACCCCCAGCAGGGUAAAAUAUUUGGAAUUGUCAAGAUUUCCUUGCUGCUGGUGGUUUGGCUCGUUUUUACCGGCUUCCUUAUGUCGAAGAACGAGAAGGAACUCGAACCCCGCCAGAUGUCAGUUCCGGAAGGGAGGUUCAGAACGUACAUUUUGCCAGACGCUCCUCCCGCAUCCAGGGUAGGAAUCUACCUCAAAGGUGCCUUCCUCAACGAUCAGCAGCACAACAUGACGAGCAAUUACGUAUCGGUGAACCUGCAGCUGCUCUACAUCAAUAGCAAUAGCUCCAACAUUACGUUCGUGCCGGAGCACGAUGAAAAGUAUGUGGAGAACAUAACCGACACCUGGAUGGUACCGGUCCCGGCCAAACUCGAGCAGAUGGACCGGAUGGACGAGAUCACACGCAAACACGUGUUCGACAUCGGCACUGCGAGCCAUCGAAAAGUGGCCAGCGGGAAGGCGGUCAUCCGAGUGUACAUGUCCAGCAACUUGGAUGCCGACGUUCCCGUCAAGUUCACCUACGACCCGACACCGAUGGACAAAGAAACCGGCGUCAUCUACGCUGCGAUCGUACUGUUAGGACUGUACGUUCUCAUCAUUUGGGAGAUAGUGAACCGUACCUUCGCAGCGAUGCUUGCGUCCACGCUGGCUAUCGGUGUCCUAGCGGCCAUGGACGAACGGCCCAGUAUGCCGAAGUUGAUCUCGUGGAUCGACGUGGAAACGUUGCUUCUGCUGUUCGGAAUGAUGAUCAUGGUCGCGAUCCUUUCGGAGACCGGCAUCUUCGACUUCCUGGCCGUGUACGCCUACCAGGUGACGAACGGCAGAGUGUGGCCUCUGAUCAACUGUCUGUGUAUCUUCACGGCCGUGCUGUCAUCAUUCCUGGACAAUGUCACUACCGUACUUCUGAUGACACCGGUCACUAUAAGGCUGUGUGAGGUGAUGGAACUAAAUCCGGUGCCGGUGCUGAUGUCGAUGGUAAUCUACUCGAACGUCGGAGGCACACUGACACCGGUUGGCGACCCGCCAAACGUUAUCAUCGCCUCUAAUAGCUAUAUCUCGAAGAAUGGAGUCAAUUUCGCAACUUUCACCCUGCACAUGGCUAUCCCGAUUGCGAUCGUAAUGGUGACGACGUACUUCCAACUGCGCAUGAAGUUCAAAACAAUCAACGAUCUGCGGUUCACCGAGCCACAGGACGUUCAGGAGGUUCGCCAUGAAAUCGCCGUCUGGCAACGUGCAGCCGCGUCGCUGUCGUCCUACUCCAAGGACGAAGAUCUGGUACGCGAGACACUGCUCAAAAAGGUCAACAAGUUGUCCCGCUCGCUGAAAAAGAAACUGGUCAGUGGUUCGGUACCCGUGGAAUAUAAAGCCACCCUGGAGGAUCUGAAGAACAAGUACCCGAUCAGGAACAAGGUCCUUCUGGUGAAGUCCGCCGUCACCCUGGCGUUUGUGAUCACAUUCUUCUUCUUGCACUCGGCUCCAGAUAUUCAGAAGCUCUCGCUCGGCUGGACCGCCUUGCUGGGAGCCGUCCUACUGCUGAUCCUUGCUGAUAGGGAAGACAUCGAAUCGGUGAUUGCCCGUGUCGAGUGGUCCACCCUGCUGUUCUUUGCUGCCUUAUUCAUCCUGAUGGAAGCGCUCGCUGAGCUCGGGCUAAUCGAGUGGAUCGGAAAGCAGACGGAGAAUGUUAUUUUAUCCGUAUCGGAAGAAUCUCGUUUAGCUGUUGCCCUAUUACUCAUUCUCUGGGUAUCUGCAUUCGCAUCCGCCUUUGUCGACAAUAUUCCGCUGACCACGAUGAUGGUUAAGAUCGCCAUUGGCCUGGCCGAGAACGAAGCGCUCGACCUGCCCCUCAAACCACUUGUUUGGGCACUUGCCUUAGGAGCGUGCUUGGGAGGAAACGGUACACUGAUCGGUGCCUCCGCUAACGUAGUAUGCGCCGGUGUUGCUGAGCAACACGGCUAUAGGUUUACCUUCAUAGAAUAUUUCAAAGUCGGUUUCCCAGUGAUGGUCGGCAGCGUGAUCGUGUCCACCAUUUAUCUAAUGUUUGCCCACGUAGUCUUUACCUGGCAUUGAUCCGCUGGGAUCCGGAAUCUACACCACACACCACUCGUGCGCUGCCAUAAAUUCAAGGUCGACGUUCAAGGUCGUUUGGAGCAUAUCUGAGAAAGCAAAUCACUAAACAAACAAGCAACAAACCGAUUCCACACGAGAGUUUCCCAGAGCACCGGACCGGACCCCGCGCGACUGGAGUGAAUAGAACAAAUGAUGUGAUAUCCUUCCGAAAUCCCAAUCAGCUGUAUAGAAAUAACAAACUGUUAAUGUUUAUUGCUGCGUAAACUUACGCCAAGCAAACGGUAGAUCACUAUAUAACAUUAGGACACAGACACGGUAGACCCGGACACCGAGCGAGAGAGGGAACAGCAGAGCCAGGCGCACAGGAUCAAAAGCAAGCCCCGACCUCCAGCAGAACGAACAAAUUGUCAAUUUCAUCCAUAAUUAAACUCAGCAGCCGAGUUGAUCUAGCACACUAAGAUAUCAGAGUAGGCUUACCAUCAUCCAUGGCUACCGACCACUCCUCACGACCGUUUUCCCAACAAACAACGGGGGCUGAUUAACAGCUGAAUAAGCUCUUGUUUAGUUUCCAAUGUUUGUUGGGUUGUCUCGGAAGUUGCAUGAAAACACCCCGCCUUCUUCGACCUGCGCUGUCCUACCCAUCCUUCAACUGUUUAUUUGUUUCAAUGCUCGUUUACUCAUUAAGCCACUUGUUCAUAACGAUUAGUCUUAAUGUUUAUUUUUUCAGUUUACUUUAUGUUUUGUAUUGUAUAUUUACAAAAUAAAGUGUUGAAACUAGUUGCAUAGCAUUUCAACUAUUGAAAAAUACAUAUUUGAGUUAGUUAGUUCAAAAUAGCUAGAAAAUUAGUUGAUUACAAAAGAAAACUGUAUAAUAAACUAUAUUAUUUAAAGUAAAAGAAAAUAAAAACAAACGACAUUCCACACACACACAAAAAGAAACUAAACCGUGAAAGGAAAUAAAAAAAAAGAAAUGUCUAAAACAAUCGAACGAUGCGAGUAGCAAAAGGAGAACAUCAAAAGAGACACGUCUUUAUGAUUAGGAAAACAAAAAUGGAAUAUAUUUUUAGAAAUUAAAUUUACUGAUUGCUACCCGGAAAGGUUUGGCAAGAACGAGUAAAAACUCAUCGAAAGGAAGAAAGUCAUUAAAAACAAACAAACAAACAAGUUAAAAGAGAAUCACCACUAAAGCAAAGCUAAUUAGUGUUAUUUAUCGAUUAGUGUUUAAAUUAGAUUCAAAUAAAUCCAACUGUCAGGCAGUUGCCAUUUGAACUACUGCUACUACUACUACUAUAUUGUUUCGAUUUAGUCUGAGCAAAUCUGCUACAAGCUAAUUUGAGAAUCACACGAAAUUUCCAAACAAGCAAAAAAUUGAUGAAACAUUACGGAGAACGGAGAGCGAGAGAAAAGAAAGCUUAAGAGCCCGGCUUAAUUAUGAAUGAGAUUUGAAUCGAUCAGGAUAAAGAGUGAGAGAAAGAGAAGACGUCUGACGUUUCAGGAGAGAACAAAUCGAAUUUAGGCUUAGAGCCACACACUCAGUCUGGGCAGACGGUCUUCUGGAAAAAAAACAGGGGGGGAGGGGGCAAUGUUAUGUACAGUUCUUUUUUUUAUUAAUCACAAAAAAUAAAGCAAAUUGUCGAUGGUGCGAGACAAGGAGAGGGAGUGAGAGGGAAAGAGCCAAACACCAUUCGCGAGAACGAGCAAGAGAUGCAGAGAAGAGCAAACCAAAAAGAAACCAGUGUUGUAUCAAUUAGGAAAGGAAGAAGAAAUAGAAGCGACGCGGUGUAAUGAAAAUUAGGAAAUUUAUAUUUGAAUCAAUGCAAAACAAAAGAGGUAAUAAAAUUCAGAAGAAUGAU